AUGGCCUCCCAAACGAAUGGUACCCGGCACUAUGGCCGUCUGGAUGGCAAGGUUGCCUUGGUCACCGGUGGAGGACAGGGAAUCGGCGAGACCAUCAGCCGCAAGUUCGCUAGCGAGGGCGCCUCUAUCAUUAUUGCAGACUUCAACGCCGAGUCAGGCAAGGCUGUCGUUGAGUCGCUGAGAUCCCAAGGCACCAAGGCCGAGUUCAUCCGAGCAGAUGUCACCAAGCGCAGUGACUGGGACGAGAUCGCCAAGCUCAUUCAAUCCUCAUUUAACGGCAAGCUUGACAUCCUCGUCAACAACGCCGGCACAGCCUACCCCGCCGAAUCCUCCCUCACCGUCUCCGAGGCCAACUUCGAAAAGGUCUACGCCGUCAACGUCAAAUCCAUCUUCCACUCCGUGCAAGCCAUCUUCCCACUCAUGAUCGCCCAGAAGACCGGCGGCUCCGUCGUCAACAUUUCCUCCAUCGCCGCCAUCCGACCCCGCGGCAAGCUGACCUGGUACAACUCCUCCAAAGCCGCCGUCUCCAACGCCUCCAAGGCCCUGGCGCACGAGUUCGGCGAGCACGGCAUCCGCGUGAACUCCGUGUGCCCCGUGCUGGUGCCCACGCAGCUGGCGAACAACUUCGUCCCGGGCUUCGAGAACACGCCCGAGUACCGCGCCAAGGCGGCCCAGCUGUUCCAGAUCCCACUGGGCCGACUCACGACGGCGGAUGAUGUUGCGAAUGUAUCGCUGUGGCUGGCGAGUGAUGAAUCAAGCUUCAUCACGGGAAUCGACCACCAUGUGGAUGGAGGCAGGAGUAUUUAA